GGAUGGUCUUAGUACAGUACUGCUUAGAUGUAACAAAAAAAAAAGUACAGUACUACUAGCAUGACGCAAAACAAAAAGUGAAGAUAUGGUUAUGGUUUGUUGGGCCUUUGCCUUUGUCACUCUUAACUCUCAGAUAUUUUAUUCAUUCAUUCAUUCUCAUGCUAUCUCCCUCCCAAACUGAAAAUGGCGUCUUCUUCUUCUUCUACGUGUUUUCUUUGCAGCAAUCGCAAUUCCAUUCCUUAUUUCAAAUUCUCAACAACACUCAAAUCUCCAACAACACUAACCACAAACCCUCCUCCUCCUCAUUUCUUUCCUCGUCUUCGACUUCACAGAGUUUCUCCCAACAACAAAAAUCCCACCACCACCACUGAUGAUGAUGAUGAUGAUGAUGAUGAUGAUGAUUCUCUUGAUACUACUUCACCCCUUAAAUCCCCUUCUCCCUUUCCUCAUUUCAGAAAUGAUUGGUUUAAAUUUGAUGAACUUGGAAUGGAGAUGCUGUCCAUUGCUCUGCCUGCUGCUGUGGCCUUGGCAGCUGACCCUAUUGCUUCAUUGAUCGACACAGCGUUCGUUGGACACAUAGGGGCGGUUGAAUUAGCUGCAGUUGGGGUUUCAGCUUCUGUGUUUAAUCUAGUGUCAAAAGUAUUCAAUGUUCCUUUACUUAAUAUUACUACAUCCUUUGUUGCGGAGGAGCAGGCAUUAAUUGGAAAGGAGGAAGAUUCCGGUCGAACUGAGGAGAAUGGCAAGUUCCAACGCAAGAAGCUCCUUUCUUCAGUAUCAACUUCUUUAGCACUUGCUGCAGCUCUUGGAAUUGCUGAAACUGUAGCACUUUCACUUGGCUCUGGCACUCUUAUGACUAUCAUGGGUAUAGCUGCUGACUCUCCAAUUCGUGGACCUGCUGAGCAUUUUCUUACAUUGAGGGCCUUUGGUGCUCUACCAAUUGUGAUUGCAUUAGCUGCACAGGGCACUUUUCGUGGAUUUAAGGAUACAAAGACGCCUCUAUAUGCUGUUGGUGCUGGAAACUUUCUUAAUGUCAUAUUGGAUCCAAUAUUAAUAUUUCUUUGUGGUCUUGGCAUCAGUGGUGCUGCAAUUGCCACAGUGAUCUCUGAAUUUUUAAUAGCUUUCAUUCUUCUAUGGAAUUUGAGUGGCAAAGUGCUCCUAAUCCCUUUUGACUUUGAUGGGACAAAAUUUUUCAGCUAUCUGAAAUCGGGUGGUCUUCUAAUUGCCAGGACUUUGGCUGUGUUUAUAACUAUGACACUCACAACAUCUUUGGCUGCUAAUCAGGGCCCUAUACCUAUGGCAGGCCAUCAAAUUUGUAUGCAAGUUUGGUUGUCUAUAUCUUUGCUCACUGAUGCUCUGGCGCUGGCUGGUCAGGCUCUUCUUGCCAGUAGUUACUCACUAGGAAAUUAUGAGCAAGCACGCCUCAUUAUAUAUAGAGUGAUACAGAUUGGCUUAGGAGCUGGAAUUUCUUUGUCAAUGAUCUUAUUUGUUGGUUUUGGACCAUUUUCUACUUUGUUUAGCACAGACUCAGAAGUUUUGGAUGUUGCUCGGUCAGGUAUAUUGUUUGUUGCUGGAUCUCAACCAGUGAAUGCUUUGGCAUUUGUUAUUGAUGGGAUUUAUUAUGGUGUAUCAGACUUUGAAUAUGCUGCUUACUCGAUGGUGGUAGUUGGACUAAUUUCUUCAAUUUUCAUGCUGGUGGCUACUCCAGUGGUCGGACUCCCUGGAGUCUGGACAGGAUUGUUUCUCUUCAUGAUGUUGCGUGUUCUAGCUGGAGUUUGGAGGUUAAGCAGCAAAAGUGGCCCAUGGGAUAUGGUCUGGUAUAAAGAUGGAGCAGAAGACUAAUUCUAAAGAGCUCCAAUGAGAUACUGAAAGGUUCUGUACCCUCUCGUGCUCCUAACGAGAAUCCAGUAGCAGUACAGGACUAAAACAAACUAAUAGAUUGUUGCAGAAACUGCUGCAAACUAAAUGCCAAAAUCUUUCUGGUACAAGUAGAGAGAGUUUGAACAGCUAAAUGAGCAAGGGAUUGAAUCAACGGUAUGCAGCAUAGAAGUCAAAUCUCUUAACUUUCUGGCAUUGUGCAUUCCUUUGCAUAUUUUCAUUGCUGAUGGAAGCUGCAUCUUAAAGGUAGGUGUCUGGUACUGACAUGUGCUCUGUUACUUCUGCUGUAUAUGUGAGGUUCUAUAGAUAUGAAGUCUCUUUCUAGGAAAAAAAUCAUUAUUAUGUAACCUUCACUAACAAAUUUGUCAAAGGGUCUUAGAUUCUUUUCUUUAGGUAAUGUAAAUUAUGUAUAAUUUAGUAAAUAUAAAUGUGUUGACUUGGAACCUGAAUAUCUAAAUAUGUUAAUUUCUUCACAAAUCA